AUGCCAGCGUUGAACGGCGGUCUAGCCGCGCAACGACACGCUUGCAGGGCUGGGUGCAUUCUGUGCACUUGUGGGUUCGACUCCCACACAAGUUGGCGGCGUCCCUCGCACCUACACUGGUUCGCAUGCGUUGAAGCUGCUGCUCCGGCAAGGCUUCCAGUAGGCGCGGUCCUGCGACGUAUACUCUGCUUCAUCGACAACGAGGGCCCUAAUAACACACGGACGCGAUGUACGAGUGCCACUGGAUCCACAUUUCGGCCGCCACAGCUGCACGUCCCCACUACGGAUGUCGUGCCAGUACACCGUCCCGCCGCCUAUACGGCGGUGCUGGCUGCUGCCGAUCGCGCGACCAUGCAGGCACCGCGGCUUCUGCCAUUCACCAUGCGCUUGACAGGUUGUACGGCCUUUUGUGAAUCUGUCUUGUUCACGGGCGUCAGCUCGCUACAGUAUGACAGCAACGCAGACAUAUGCAAUUGCUUUGUUUCUCUUCACGUAUGUGGGACACAGCCUCUGGUCAUGGGUAUGUCUGAUGCGGAAGCGCAGCAGCACGGUCUACCCGUGCCAGCAGUGCAGGCGGACUGCCCACCUGCAGCAUACAACUUCGAACGACUGGCGGGGUGUGCAAACGGCGGACUGCCGCCUCCAUCGCGACAUACCGCCUGCCGUGCCCAUCACGCUGCCGUCAUACGCAGUACCCUCACCCACAGCCACAGUUCGACGUGCAAGCGGCAUGGCUGCCGCGGUACCGAUGACAGCUGCGGCAUGGCCUUUCCCCGACUCAUCUGCACAGCCUUUCAAUGGAUCGGUACCACCGGCCUAUUCUUGCUGCCCUGCCUGGCACCCAACCUCGUGCCACACAUGCCUGCCAUUGCCCUCGCCUUCGGCUGCAAUCAUUUGAUGUCCCUGGCCUGCGAAGUCGACCGGGAGUACACAGCUGACAUCGCUGCCCAACUAGCGCGUCCUCCCAACGAACACGGUGACUGCUCCCUCCUACAGCCCGCCAUCGACCGCGCCCGUGACGCCGCGUACUACAGCUCUAAGUACACUGCAAAGACGAUUGAACGCAGCCAGGCGCACCUCACAUGUGCCGCCGUGGGCCGUGUACAGGACUUCAUGAUGGCAGGUCACCGACCCAGCACCACCGGUGAUGGACCCAGCACGUUCGGCAACCUGUGUACCGUGGUGCACCGCAUGACGGCCACUAUCACGGCUGGCAUGGCACUGGUCGCCUUCAAACUGUCAGGCCACGAUACGUUCCAAGCAACCUACAAACGCAACUACCUACCGAUAGGUGCCUUCACUGCACUGGCGUCCGAAUCCGCCGUAGAACCAGAAGACGCGGAAACCGGUGUGGAGCUUGUAGAGGCGGACGAGCAUGGCGACUACACCCUCACCAGCGUUGUACAGAACUACACACAGCGUGGAGUGGAGCUGAGCGGCUUGGACUGCAGCGCCUACAGCAUCGCAUCCAACUUCGAGCCCACCGCCGCUAUGGCGUCCCCUGCGCCAGCUGGCCCAUCUGCAGAACAGCUGCCCACGAGCCCGAUGUCGACCAUACCUCCCAAGAAUGUGGCCUUCCAACCAACGCACCCGCUGUAUCUGACACACGUUCUUCAUCGCCUGGCGCAGCCGAG